UGCAUCGUCCGUGACAACCCCUUCUCCUCUUUCCACCGAGUGCCAAAACACAAGGAAGGAUAAAACACACGGAAAUAAGAUGUCAGGGAUGAACCAGGUGCUUGCAACAUGCUGGACUUGCCUCCUGCUCUCUGCUUUCCUGUGUGAGCCGGUGCUGUCCAAGGGCGGUCGUGGAGGGUCCCGGGGUUCAUCUCGGGGCACCCACUCUCGCAGCUCCACAGCGGGGAGUUACCGGGGAGCAGGCUCCUACGGUGGGACCCGCUCCCGCUUCAGGGCCGCAGGGCGCUCGUCUCCAGUGAGGGUGGCAGCAGCGGCAGCAGCAGGGGCAGCGGUGGCCUUAACAGCGGAGAAAUGGUACGCCUCUGCCUACCGCCGCAGCAAUGCCGACAGCUCAGACGAAGAGCUGGAUUACUACAACAGGACCAAUUACUUUGAUGCACUCAUGUCAGGCUCAACUCAAAAUGGAUCUUCUCUCUCUCAGCUGGUUUCUAUAAUUAUUGCAACAUUUUACCCAAACUAUGGACUCUUGGUCGACACUAUACUGUAGAUGCUCAGCUUAUUUUUUAGGAUGAAUUCCUGAAUCAGUCUAUGACUGAGCUUCUGCUCUGGAUCUGACUGUAAUGUGCAGGACUGGCUGGACCUGCAGUGGAAUGACCAGUUAGAGGUGCAACACAGUGGGGGAAGGACAAUUACAAAAACAUCACUGUACUGUAUGAUUUUACACUUCUAAUCUAUACCAAGAGACAAAUGUACAUAACCAGCACAGUAUUUAAUGAGACAUUUCAUCUCCGUCAGUGUCAAAUCUCUAUGUGUGUGACAGAAACUGGGGCCGAACUCCUUUGCUUCCUUAAAGCUAGAUUCCUGAUCUAAUUCUGAAAAUCAGAAAAUGAAUAACCUUUGUAAGUGUACUGCCAAUCUCAACUGUAUCUUAAAAAUCUUUAUUUUCAUAAUAUGCACAAAAAGGUGCAAAGUAAAUGACCAACAUGAGUACAACUGAGCCAAAUAAUUUGUAUGUAUUAAGCAAACUUGGGGCUAAAUAUAAAGCCUGCUAACACUUUAAGACAUUCCAAAAAAUUUUCAAAGCACCAAGUUUGCACCAGCAUUAUUGAAAAUACAACAUCCCCCAGCAAUUUUUAUAAUCUUCAAUUCAACUUUUUGUUUUGAGACAAAAAAAAAAAAUUACAAUUUGUGGAAGUUUUUCACUCCAUUCUUUCUGCAGAACUGAAUUCACCACUGGAUUUAAAGAUCUAUGUAUUAAGGCAGUCCCAUCUGCAGCCAUAAAGACGAUUCUCUACCAUCAGACAAGGCAAAUGAGAGUAUUGUUUGCUGAAAAAGCUAAAGUGCAUUCCCACAAUCAUCUUGAAUCUCUGUGCAAUCCAUACCCUUUUAUAAUACCUGAAAUUAAGCCACGUCAUGUCUGCGAGGGACACUAGAAAACAAGCUGCUGCUCUCAGUUAUUCAUGUCUCUGAUGGGCUGUCCAUCGUCCCAGGAGAGAUUUUUUUUACCUGCAGUAGACACUCAGGAGCAACAGACUGUUCCAUAUCAAUAAGUGCACUCUCUUACAUUGU